AUGUCUCUCUUUGCAGCAACACGCUAUGCGGCGCGCUGCACGACUUUUGCGCAGCUGCGCAGCUUCAGCUCCACUCCCUCGAUAGCUGCUGCUGCCGAGGUUAAGAAGCUUGGUGUGCUCGGUGCGGGCCAAAUGGGUCUUGGGAUUGCACUCGUCGCGGCACAGAAGGCCCAAAUUCCUGUCAAAGUCAUCGAUACCUCUCAAGCUUCCAUCGACAAGGGCUUGAAGUUUGCCGACAAGUUGCUCGAGAAGGAUGUCGGAAAGCAGAGAAUCUCUCAACAGGAUGCCACAGCAGCGCGAGAGCGCUUGACUUCGAGUACCACUUUGGACGAUCUUUCUGAUGUCGAUUUUGUCAUUGAGGCUGUCCCUGAAAUCCCAGACCUCAAGACGAAGAUAUUCGCCCAGCUCGCACAGGUUUGCCCUUCGCAUGCCAUCCUGGCCACAAACACGUCCUCGAUCUCGAUCACGAAAAUCGCAGCCGCCACGACCAAAGAUCCAAAAGACCUGUCCGGUCCCUCGCGCGUCAUAAGCACCCAUUUCAUGAAUCCGGUGCCGAUACAGAAGGGAGUGGAGAUUAUUACCGGUCUACAAACCUCUCAGGACACCAUCGAUACUGCCAUUGAGCUGUGCAAGAAGAUGGGCAAGAUUCCGUCACAAUCAGCAGAUUCCCCUGGCUUCCUUGCCAACCGGAUCCUGAUGCCUUACAUCAAUGAGGCUAUCAUCUGCUUGGAAACUGGUGUCGGAGCAAAGGAGGACAUUGACGCAAUCAUGAAGAACGGGACAAAUGUCCCAAUGGGCCCGCUACAACUCGCCGACUUCAUCGGAAUUGAUACCUGCUUGGCAAUCAUGAGGGUCUUGUAUGAAGAGACUGGCGACAGCAAAUACCGGCCCGCUGUACUGCUGAGAAAGAUGGUUGAUGCCGGCUGGCUCGGAAAGAAGAGUGGCAAGGGAUUUUACGACUACUGA